AUGCGCUUCACACUCCCCAUUGCCCUCCUUGCCUCCGCAUCGGCAGCACUCCCAGCCCCGCCCUCGGGAGAAUCCAGCAGCACUCCGCCGCUACCGGCAUCCGCCAUUCUCAAGGCCCUAGCCGGCACUUACGCCCUCGUCAACACCUCCAGCACCCUAAACGACGAGCCCAUCCCCGACGCAACCUACGGCGCCGCCCCCGUCGGCAACCUCAUCUACACAGCCUCUGGCUUCAUGAGCGCCACCAUUACCGCUACCGAAAAGGAAUUUCGCCCCCUCGUCUCCUUUCCCUUUCGCGCAAACGAAUCAGAUGCCGAUUGGGCGCUCGUCGGCAAGCAUAGCAUUGGCUAUUCCGGCCCAUUUAGAAUUAAUGAGGCUAUCCCGGCUACGGCGACUGAAGGGCAGGUUUUCCAUGGGCCCUUGACUGUGGCGAAUGUGCCGACGAUGGUGGGGCAGGAGCAUAGGCGGAAUUAUACGAUUGUGGAGCGUGAGGAGGAGGGCAAGGUGGUCAAGUAUUUGAAGAUUGGGAGUGAGCGUGGUGGUGGGUUCCGUGGUGUGCUUUGGUGGAGGCGAUUGGAUUAG